AGCAAAGGGCGCAGCUCCCAGCCGGGCAAGCCCCAAACGGCAGUUGGGCUGUGAGGAGUCGCACCGCUCCCUCCCACGCAGUGGACUCCUUCGAGGCCAAAAACUUGCUUGCCAUGUCGGCUGCGGAGGCGGGAGGUGUUUUCCGCAGAGCUCGGGGCAGGACCCUGGACGCGUUUUCCUCAGAAAAGGAAAGGGAAUGGAAAGGCCCAUUCUACUUCAUCCAAGGUGCAGACCCCCAGUUUGGACUGAUGAAGGCCUGGUCCACUGGGGAUUGUGACAGCGGCGGUGACGAGUGGGAGCAGGAGAUCCGUCUGACUGAGCAAGCCGUCCAGGCUAUCAACAAGCUGAACCCCAAGCCCAGGUUCUUUGUUCUGUGCGGGGACCUCGUCCAUGCCAUGCCCGGGACGCCCUGGCGGAAGGAGCAGACGGAGGACCUGCAGCGGGUGCUCAGGACCGUGGACAGCGAGAUCCCGCUGGUCCUCGUCAGCGGCAACCACGACGUGGGCAAUGUCCCCACCCCCGAGACCGUCGCGGAGUUCCAGCGGACCUGGGGAGAUGACUAUUUCAGCUUCUGGGCUGGGGGCGUCCUGUUCCUCGUCCUCAACUCCCAGUUCUUAUACGAUGCCUCCAUGUGCCCUACCUUGAAGCAGGCCCAGGACCAGUGGCUGGACCAGCAGCUGAGCAUCGCUGGGCAGCAGAAGUGCCAGCACGCCGUCGUCUUCCAGCACAUCCCGCUGUUCCUGCAGAGCAUCGACGAGGACGACGACUACUUCAACCUCACCAAGUUGGUGCGGAAGGAGAUGGCAGACAAGUUCUCCCAAGCAGGUAUCAAAGCUGUGUUCUCAGGCCACUACCACAGAAAUGCCGGGGGCACCUACCAGGACCUCGACAUGGUGGUAUCAUCUGCCAUCGGAUGCCAGCUAGGCAAAGACACCCAUGGGCUCCGAGUCGUGGUGGUCACCGCUAAGAAAAUCGUCCAUCGAUACUACAGUUUAGAUGAGCUGAGUGAGAAGGGAAUAGAAGACGAUCUGAUGGAUUUGUUGAAGAAAAAAUGAUUGCCGAUUAUGAUUUAUUCACUUUUCACUUCUACUAUUUUUUCAUUUUGGAAGAAACAGCAGCUGCACACAACCCCUUAUUGAAAUAAAAAAGUAUACCAGGCAGAUUUGUGAAUUUAUGUCCUUUUGCUUAAAUCAGAGAGCUAGGUCCUGUCGUAAAUGAUAUUUAAAAUAGAACUGCCCUCCCUAUGCAAAAGAGAGGGGAGGAGCCUGGAAAUGAAAGAAUAAAUGAUAUUAUUAGAAUAUCUCUGCAUGGAUGAUUGAAUAAGUUCUCCUAAUGAUGUGUUUCUCAACUCUGCUCUGAAUUAGAUGGUUUUCUGGCAUCAUAUGGUAAAUGUCAACCUAUCGAUCUCAGUCACAUCCUGAUAUCCAAGUGUGAUCUCUGAUGAUUCUUUGAACAAAAUUCACCUGAUUAUAGUAAACCAUGGUCACAACUCCCAAAAUGCUAGGCAAAACGAAGAUCAUCUCCUUCCCUUCCUAACAAAACAAAUAAUUGUGUCCCGUUACCAGAGCCAGAGACUCAUCUGGCUGAGGAGCUGAGUAGCCGACAUUUACUAUUAAAGUCUGGGACAUCUGUUAUGGCCGAUGAUGAAGCUGAUACAAGUCAGAGCUCGAGUUUACCUUCAUGGCGGCUAGAAGAGUCACCUUUGCACAUAAAUCGUCCACAUUCAAAAGCCUCAUCCCGGAGGCUAGAACC